UGGGUCCGGGUGGCUUAAGCAUAUGGGCCGUGUGAACUGCAAACUUUUCUUGUUUAGCUUUAUUGACCUUCAUCUACGCAGUAUUUCUAAUUUAAUUUAUAACGUGUCUGAUGGAGCAGGGAAAUAUUUUGAUUGAGUUUAAUCUGCUUCAUGAAAGUGUUUUUUAGGCUAUACGUGCGAUUUAUUUUUAAUAAAACUUUAACUGCCUUUGAUGGGUUGUUUGUAGGUCGGCAGCUGAUCUGCGUGUUUUGUAUCUUCGCUUAGUAUAUUUUCGCUUUAGUGUUAGUUUGAGGAAUGAAUAGAUGAUAGGCACUAGGUGAUAGGGGCUGUAUUUCACUGCCGAUCGGAAGCACGUACCGAUACAACAAGAUCCCCAAUAUUUCACGUGCUAUAUAGUGUUAUAUCCCUUGCCUUCGAUAUUCUUUUAGACGGUCGUGCCCAAAUAAAUAUUAUGAUUGUUAAAAUGACAAAUCAGGGAUUCUUUAAAGUUCUGCCUAAAGACAUAGACUGUUUUGCACUGAUUACAUUAAUUUUAGCGACUGUUUUGUUGUUCUAAUCUCUCUUCUAUAUAUACAGCACUUUUUGAUGUAUGUAAUGCUUUAAAUGAGACGGAAAUUACAGCUAAGUGAAGUAAAGAACUUAAGCAAAAGUAUUUAUGUCUAUAAUUAUAAAGUCCUUGCACCCGUUGCAGCUCAAAACGGUGUCCUUUAGGUCAUGGCGGAUAACCAGCUGGCUUCCAUCUUGGUGCCCCACGUCACCAUCCCAGCUGAGAGAUGCAGAAGAGAAGAUGCUGCAGUCGAUACAGAACAACUUCUCCAAGCAGCACAUCCCGAUAUCAAAAGGCAACCUGAUCUGGACGCUGCUUUUCAAUGAGAAUGAUUCCUGCCGGACCCCUCUGGUGCUUCUGCAUGGCUUCGGGGGCGGAGUUGGGCUUUGGACCCAAAACCUGGACAUGCUAUCCAAGCAGCGGCCCGUCUACGCCCUAGACCUGCUCGGUUUUGGCCAGAGCAGCCGUCCGGAGUUCAGCGCUGACGCCACUGAAGCAGAGUCCCAGUUUGUGGAGUCCAUAGAGGAAUGGAGAGCCGAGGUCGGCCUGGAGACCAUGGUCAUGCUGGGGCACAACCUGGGUGGAUAUCUGGCCUCUGUCUAUGCGCUCAAGUACCCUUCCAGGGUGAAGCACCUCAUCUUGGUGGAGCCGUGGGGCUUCCCCAGGCGGCCGGAAGCCAAGGAGAGGGACCGUCCCGUCCCGGUGUGGAUCAAGGUGGUGGGGGCCGCCAUGAGCCCCUUCAACCCUCUGGCUGGCCUGCGGCUGGCAGGUCCGCUGGGCCCCGUGCUGGUCCAGGCCAUCAGACCGGACUUCAAACAGAAGUAUUCAUCCAUACUCAGCGACAACACGGUCUCCCACUACAUCUACCACCUCAACGUGCAGAGUCCCAGUGGCGAGACGGCCUUCAAGAACAUGACCGUCCCCUACGGUUGGGCUAAGAGGCCCAUGCUGGAGAGAGUGGGCCUCAUCCGGUGGGACGUCCCCAUCACGGUCAUCUACGGCUCCCGCUCCAGCAUCGACAGCGACUCGGGCAGCGCCAUCAAGGACGCCAGGCCCGACUCGCGCGUGGAGAUCGUGGUGAUUCGAGGCGCCGGCCAUUACGUGUUUGCGGACCAGCCAGAGGAUUUCAACCACCAAGUGAAUCUCAUUUGCAGUACCUUGGAUGGACAGUAGGGCGCGUGCCUGAAGUGGGUGGGGCAGAGGGUGUGGGCGGGGCUUGCCGGGGCACAUUGCCAUUGGAAGAUGUCUCAGGGAUGCAGCUGAACAGUACAUUUAAAAAAACAAUUUUCUUAUAGUUAGUUUCACCUUUACACCCAUCUGCUUCGUUCUUUUUGACUGUGUGAGCCCAUACUGAGUCUCUGCAACGCCAAACUGCACUGGCAUCAGGUUCUGACAUCCACUGAAGUUAGUCUGCUUGGACUGACCCACAGGUCUGGUGCUGCUCAGUCCAUUUUGUCCCUGCUGGAGUGUUGGGGAGCUCAGUGGUUCAGUGACACUUCCCUGGACAUCUAUUGCUAUAUUUCUUCACUGAAGAGCUUUCUUGUAAGACCUGUGAGAGGUUGAUCUGUGUAUAAAUCUUCCCGAGGACCCCAGGGCUUUUCUGUAUGUAAUGUCUGCAUAUGCAAACAUGGGGAAGAGAUUAAAACUGACAUUUUCAUGAGA